AUGUUACUCAUUAAGAAUUCAAGGAACAACCGAAAUCCAUCCAAUAACACCCCACACAGUCGGAAUGAAGACGACACAGCCAAAAGUGGGGGAGGGGGUGGGGGAAUUGACUUCAGUAAACUCUCUCACCCCGCUACACAUCAUCAUCAUUUGGCAACUGUGCCCGAGAUCCAGAUGGUGGAGAACAUCGCUAAGGACACGAAAGAUUUAGCCCAAAGACGAGGUUCCCUCCAGGGCUUCGUUCAACGAGAGAGUUUCAACUUCGCCCAGCUGGUGAUGCUAGACGACUGUCUGCAUGCGAUAGAACGCAAGUUCAAAGAGUCCCACUUGAGAGCAUGUGACGAGCUCCACAGCAUGACAGACGAUGACUUCAUGCGAGCCCACAAUCUGUACAGAAGCUACCUCACGCAGAACCUCAGUGAGUUCAGGGCCAUAGAUGUGACCUCACUCUACCAUACAUUCCUGUAUGGCCUGUUCGUCAUGCACGAGCCACUCAUUCCCCAAGAGAUAUCAAGAGCACUCAUUGUCGGGGACAACUCGGCCGAGUUUCUGAAGCUGCUCACUGUGCCCAGGAGGAGAGCCUUGCUAAGACUCACUCAGCACUGGUCAUUCCUCAAACACGGACGCAAAAUCAGAUCCAGCAAAAUGAAAGAGCGCAACAAAGCGAAGCACCAUGGUUUCUACGAGUACUACAUCAACUGUACGGGAGAGAAGCUAUUCGGAAUACAAGAUAUUUCUGUGGAGGAGCUGGAGCAGAUCUUCAUCACAUCUGCAGUGACCAUCUGCUGCUCAGAAGAAUGCCUCAUAGACAAGAUUGGUCUGUCAGAAGAGGAGGGCCAUUGUGAGCACGAGGAGAUCCUCACUUCAGGACUGCCUCCUUCCUUCGACAGAGUGAGCACGGAACACCUGCUGGAGUAUGUUCCAGGAGCCUCCAUCCAGAGUUUCUACCUAGUCCGCAAACUCACUAAGUUCUUGUUGCAUCACCCUGAGGAGUUCGACGCCAGAAACUUUGGGCGUCCAGGGCUGGGAGAGGAGUGGUUCCAGAAGAAGGUUCUGGGCCGGUACUUCGUCUACAAUGAUCCACAAGUGGCAGACUGCUUCGACAUGUACUACGACCCAGACCCAGCGGAGCCUGACGGGAAACGGAAACAGUCUCUUAAAUACUACAGAUGCAGCAUGCUCUUUAACAUAGUCUGUUGUACUCUGGUUCGGAAGAUAGAAUUGUUUGACUACUACAUGAUCAUGGAUCUCGAGCGACUCGACUUGAAAUUAAGUCCCGAGUACCUCAUCAACGUCUCCGACAGACUACCCAGAAGUCUGUCUACUGUACUACAAAGACAUGUCGGAAGAUUCCAUGGUAUGAAGUUAGUGAUGACCUUGGUCGGUCGUGUUUUGGACCGUAGAAUGAACAACCAUCUCACGUAUGAGAAGUUUCUAGAAUAUUACUUAGACUGUUUCUUUCCUCGACUCGCCAACGAAGCCCAAAAUGAGAACAUAAAACAUUCGCCUCAAGGAAUGAAGAUUUUCACUAUUGUCUUUGCAAACCGUUGGAUCCUUUUUGAACUUAAUAUGGAAGAAGUGACCCCUAAACAAGUUCAAAGGGAAAUUGCACUUCUGCAAGAGGCUACAGGCGAUGUUGAAAGACUCUCGCGGACUCCUUAUACUGGCGCGGUUCCAAAAAUGCACUCGCAAGCGCGUCUCCGCCAACAGCCCCACGUUCCGCGGCGACCCACUUGGGAAGGAGAUUUCAACAUUAAACCGAAAGAGUCAACCACUGUUCCGUCAAUUGGGCCGAGCGUCAACACUCCUGCAAUUGAUGUUGCAUCAAAAUCACAGAGUAUUGAAAAGCCUCAAUCAGUGGAGCCACCCGAAGGUGCACGACAAAUAACGGAAGAGCAACUAGAACAGCUUUCCAAAGAAGCAUCAAAAGAGUUUGAAAAUCAACAAGCAGUUGGUCCCGAGAUGAUGACACGCGGUGACUCGGCAACAAUGUCAAAAGAACGAGAUGAAUUUGGAACUUUGAUUUCGGAUUGGCCAGUAGGAUCCCAAAUUAGUCAAAGCCAAAAGGAUCCAAGUCAGAGAGACCCAAGUAAUGCGCCUAUCGGACCACAGAAGUCAAAUGAGUUUUCGAGGUCUCCAGGUUCCAAAGACAGUCCAGAAGAUCCGGUCCUCACAGUUCCCACGACUGUUGGUUCCACUCAAAAACGAACACAAGGCCAGUUCGAAACAGAACUGAGCCAAAACGAGGCAAACGUAAAAGAACCAGGUACUGUUCGAUGGCGUUCGAUGGGUCAAACUGGACAGGUAAGUCAAACCCAGCCCGGCUGGUCGACCAAAGAACUAUCCGACAAACCCGAAACUGAACAGACUGUUGGUCAAGAUAAUGACCCUGAACUUAUUCCGGAAUCUUCAGAUGCCGCGGGAGCUGCGAGCGGAGUUCCUGUUCCAAUUGAACGACAGAACCAACAGACUUUACCCUCCUUACCUACUGAAACUAUGAAACAGUCUCGAGAAUCUUCGGCUAUAGAUUAUAAUUUUGCUUCACAAGCUGUUCCUGAAACUGAGAGGAAGCAAACAACUCAACAGCCAACAGCUAUGACACCCGGUGAAUCCGCGAAUGCUAUGUCAGGACAGCAAGAAGAACCAGCUGAGUCAGCGGUGAGGUCAAAAUUGUCAACUAUUAGUCCACAGGAGCCUACAGAAGGUCUAGGUGCGUCCGAAAGAUAUGCUAGAUCAUCCAAACAUCAAACAGAACCACCUGUUGCACCGGAGGCAGGUCUGGAGUAUCAACCGGAACCUUCAGAGAGUGAAAUGGCACCGACAGGGGUUCCAGUUCCGAUUGAAAGGCAGAACCAACAGACUUUGCCAUCAUUGCCUACUGAAACUAUGAAACAGUCUCGAGAGUCUUCCGCUAUAGAUUAUGACUUUGGCUCACAAGCUGUUCCUGAAACGGAAAGAAAGCAAACGACACAACGGCCAACAGUUAUGACACCCGGUGACUCAGCUGAUGCAAUUUCAGGACAGCAAGGGGAACCAGUCGAGUCAGAAGAAAGAACAAAAUUGUCUAACAUUGGUUCAAAAGAGCCUACAGUAGGUCAAACUGAGUCUGAACAGUACGCAAGAUCAUCCAAACGUCAAACAGAGCCAAAUGUUGCACCUGAUACAGGUCUAGAGUAUCAGCCGGAACCUUCAGAGAGUGAAAUGGCACCGACAGGGGUUCCAGUUCCGAUUGAAAGGCAGAACCAACAGACUUUGCCAUCAUUGCCAGCCGAUACAAUGAAACAGACGAAAGAUUCAUCAGCUAUAAAAUACGACUUCGGUUCUCAAGAUGGUCGCUCUGAUAAAAGACAGACAACUCAGGAUCCAACGGCGACCGGAACCAAUCAAAAAGACCCAACUUUACAACCAUUUGGAGCAGAGAUGGAAUUUAGACAUGAUGAAGUGCCAAUCAAACCUGAAUCGGAAGCACAGGUUGCGCCAGAGGCCGGGUCAGAGUACCAACCAGAACCUUUGGAAACCAGAGUCAAUGAGACUGCUAUAUCAGGACCCGUUGCAAGGACAAAACAAGCUACUUUCGGAUUACCUAGUCAAAAUUUGCAACAGACUCAAGAAUCCUCAGCUAUAAAACAUAAAUUUAACUCGUACGACGCGCGAAGUGCUGGCUCUGCAGUGAGCGAGGUCAGUUUUGACAAGGAAAACCUAGAAGACAUUGAAAAGCUGGGAGGUUCUAUGUCAAAAGCCGAUAAAGAAAAAGCCAAGACUCGUGAAAAGUGGGUUCCGUCGCCCGCGCCUUCGUCAUCUUGCGAUUGUGAAGAUUCAAAGUGUUCCGAAAAGCGUCUGAGUGGUUCAGAAGUUGACAUAGCAGGCGACGCUACAUCUGGAACCCAGCUGGAACCAUCCAUUGGAAUGACCGGAAAACACUCUGACGGUUCAGACCCCAAUUGUCAAGAUCUGCGACUGAGCAAAAAUAGUCAAAUAGACGAGGCAACUUUGCGUGAGCCGAACUCAAAUUGGCAAACUGAUGCCUCGCACCACUCGCCAAUACACGAUGACGUAGAACAAGCUUCUGAGGGCGAUUAUGAGAAAACAAAACUUAACACACUGGUUCCUGGGACCUUUUUUUCAGCCAGUCAAUUGGCUGAAAAAGAUCAACGUGACCACGAAACUCAAGCUUUUGAAACAGCUAUUGGCUCUCAACAGUCGUCUAUACGAGACUACAAAUCGGCUAAAGAGCUUCUAGCACAGUCCGAUCAAGACUCAAAGCCUACGUCGGCUUCUGAUAAACCAGCAACCGAAGGAUCGAGGAUUCAACAGGAAGAACUUGAAGAGUCGAUAAAAGAACGCGAAGAAAAAGGGAAGAGAAACUUGAUGGAGAGAAAUUCCAAUUAUCAGGGUUCUUCACAAGAAGUUCCGCUCAAUAUUACGCGGACCCUGAGAACUGAUGAUCACGUGGUGCACGGACCAACCGAGCCUCGAAACUCAUCUGCGAUAAAUUACGACUUCCGUUCUACGGGCUACUCUGAACCAGCUCCGUCUCAAAUCAAAGAGAAAACUCAAACAACAAAAGCUGGCGUCCGAGCUUCUUCACACGAGGAGCAACGAACCAAAGCGACGGGCUUAGAGCGGGAUCUGGCAGAGGAAGUCAAUGUAGAUGAGGCAGAAUUGAAGGAGAGACAAGAUGAGCAAGGCGUUUUUUCUGAUUCGGCUACUACAGCACCUACAAAAGCGAAAACAACACCUAGUGGAACAACGCGAACCACUCAGCCAUACGAAGAAGAAGCAUCAGGGCAAAGUGGUGUAUCUGGUUCUCAGACAGGAAAAGCUACAACACAAAAAACAGUGUCGACCAGAUCAGGAAAUCUCAGACCCACAACGACGGCUACCGGAACAAAGCGAACCACCGAACCGUAUGGAUCAGCAAAUGCGGAAGAAAUUGAUCAACCAUACGAUGAAGAAGAACUUGAAGAGGAAGCAUCAAGGCAAAGUGGUGUAUCUGGAUCUCAGUUGGGGAAAACUACAGCACAGAAAACGGGGCCCAGCAGAUCAGGAACUCUCAGACCCACAGCAACUGCUGCCAGAAUGAAGCGAACCACCCAACCGUAUGGAUCACCCAACACGGAAGACAUCGAUCAAACAUACGAUGAAGAAGAAUUUGGAGAGGAAGCAUCAAGGCAAAGUGAUGUAUCUGGGUCUCAGUUGGGGAAAACUACAGCACAGAAAAUGGGGCCCAGCAGAUCAGGAACUCUCAGACCCACAGCAACUGCUGCCGGAACGAAGCGAACCACCCAACCGUAUGGAUCACACAACACGGAAGACGUCGAUCAAACAUACGAUGAAGAAGAACUUGAAGAGGAAGCAUCAAGGCAAAGUGGUGUAUCUGGAUCUCAGUUGGGGAAAACUACAGCACAGAAAACGGGGCCCAGCAGAUCAGGAACUCUCAGACCCACAGCAACUGCUGCCGGAACGAAGCGAACCACCCAACCGUAUGGAUCACCCAACACGGAAGACGUCGAUCAAACAUACGAUGAAGAAGAAUUUGGAGAGGAAGCAUCAAGGCAAAGUGGUGUAUCUGGAUCUCAGUUGGGGAAAACUACAGCACAGAAAACGGGGCCCAGCAGAUCAGGAACUCUCAGACCCACAGCAACUGCUGCCGGAACGAAGCGAACCACCCAACCGUAUGGAUCACCCAUCACGGAAGACGUCGAUCAAACAUACGAUGAAGAAGAAUUUGGAGAGGAAGCAUCAAGGCAAAGUGGUGUAUCUGGGUCUCAGUUGGGGAAAACUACAGCCCAGAAAGCGGGGCCGAGCAUAUCAGGAACUCUCAGACCCACAACAACUGCUACCGGAAUUAAGCGAACCACCCAACGGUAUGGACCAGCAAAUGCGGAAGAAGACCUUGAUCAACCAUACGAUGAAGAAGAACUUGAAGAGGAAGCAUCAAGACAAAGUGGUGUAUCUGGUUAUCAGUUGGGGAAAACUGCGGCACAGAAAACGGGGCUGAGCAGAUCAGGAACUCAGAGACCCACAGCAACUGCUACCGGAACGAAGCCAACCACCCAACCGUAUGGAUCAGCAAAUGCGGAAGAAGUCGAUCAACCAUACGAUGAAGAGGAAUUUGAUGAGGAAGCAUCAAGGCAAACUGGUGUAUUUGCAUCUCAGUUGGGGAAAACUACAGCACAGAAAACGUGGCCGAGCAGAUCAAGAACUCUCAGACCCACAACAACUGCUGCCGGAACGAAGCGAUCCACCCAACCGUAUGGAUCAGCAAAUGCGGAAGAAGUCGAUCAAGCAUACGAUAAAGAGGAACUUGAAGAGGAAGCAUCAAGGCAAAGUGGUAUAUCUGGUUCUCAGUUGGGGAAAACUACAGCACAGAAAAAGGGGCUGAAUAGAUCAGGAACUCUCAGACCCACAGCAACUGCUACCGGAACGAAGCGAACCACCGAACCGUAUGGAUCAGCAAAUGCGGAAGAAAUUGAUCAACCAUACGAUGAAGAGGAACUUGAAGAGGAAGCAUCAAGGCAAAGUGGUGUAUCUGGUUCUCAGUUAGGGAAAACUACAGCACAGAAAACGGGGCUGAGCAGAUCAGGAACUCUCAGACCCACAGCAACUGCUACCGGAACGAAACGAACCACCCAACCGUAUGGAUCAGCAAAUGCGGAAGAAAUCGAUCAACCAUACGAUGAAGAAGAACUUGAAGAGGAAGCAUCAAGGCAAAGUGGUGUAUCUGGUUCUCAGUUGGGGAAAACUACAGCACAGAAAACGGGGCUGAGCAGAUCAGGAACUCUCAGACCCACAGCAACUGCUACCGGAACGAAGCGAACCACCCAACCGUAUGGAUCAGCAAAUGCGGAAGAAAUCGAUCAACCAUACGAUGAAGAAGAACUUGAAGAGGAAGCAUCAAGGCAAAGUGGUGUAUCUGGUUCUCAGUUGGGGAAAACUACAGCACAUAAAACGGGACCGAGCAGAUCAGGAACUCACAGACCCACAGCAACUGCUACCGGAACGAAGCGAACCACCCAACCGUAUGGAUCAGCAAAUGCGGAAGAAUUCGAUCGAGCAUACGAUGAAGAGGAACUUGAAGAGGAAACAUCAAGGCAAAGUGUUGUAUCUGGUUCUCAGUUGGGGAAAACUACAACCCAGAAAACGCGGCCGAGUAGAUCAGGCACUCAAAGACCCACAGCAACUGUUACUGGAACAAAGCGAACCACCCAACCGUAUGGAUCAGCAAAUGCGGAAGAAAUCGAUCAACCAUACGAUGAAGAAGAACUUGAAGAGGAAGCAUCAAGGCAAAGUGGUGUAUCUGGUUCUCAGUUGGGGAAAACUAAAGCACAGAAAACGGGACCGAGCAGAUCAGGAACUCACAGACCCACAGCAACUGUUACCGGAACGAAGCGAACCACUCAACCGUAUGGAUCAGCAAAAGCGGAAGAAAUCAAUCAACCAUACGAUGAAGAAGAACUUGAAGAGGAAGCAUCAAGGCAAAGUGGUGUAUCUGGUUCUCAGUUGGGCAAAACUACAACACAGAAAACGGGACCGAGCAGAUCAGGAACUCUCAGACCCACAACAACUGCUACCGGAAUUAAGCGAACUACCCAACCGUUUAAAUCAUUUGAUGCGGAUGAAAUCGAUCAGAACUUUGAGGACGAAAGUUUUGAGGAUGAUGCUGUCGGACAAAGUGGCAGCCCUGUUCAAGAAGGAGCGGAUUUGACUGAAAAAUCUCGCGAAAAGUCUACUGGAUUACAAAAAUCAGGGGUAACAAAUUCGGGAAUUCUCAGACCCAGAACAACAGCAAGUUCACAGCGAACCUCUGACCGAUUUGAUCUAUCAAAAAGGCCCGAGGAAAUUGAUCGACAGAAUGAUGAAGAUGGUUUUGAAACUGGAGCAUCUGGACUGACUCAAUAUUCUGGUUCUCGCGGCAAAACAGCUGCGGCCAAGAAAUCAAGUGCACUAAAGUCGGGUACUCUUUCUCCCAAUACAUCGGUUUCAAAACGACGCACAGAAAACCGAGCGUCGCCGACAACUUUUUCAGGUUUACGUCCAUCUGCUGUUUCUAAGAAGAAGUCCGGUGCGAUUAGUGCAAAGACCGGAAAGUUAAAACGUGCGACAUCCCCAUCUGGUUCUCGACAAACUGCAGAAACAAUGGAUACAGCAGCCGCAGAUGAACUCGAAGAUGACAACGAAAGUUUUGGCGACGAGGAGGCUUCGGCACAGAGUGCUCUAUCAGGUUCCCGCACGGCUGCAGCUCCUCCUUCCACGAAACAGUCAGGUACAGCGAAAACUGGACAUCUCAGACCAUCGAAGGCACAAACUGCCAGAGGACGCAAAAAAGACGACACUGAUGCUUUAAGUGCAAAAGCAACUGAAGGCGAAGACGGUGUUGACUUGAAUGCGGAUGAAAUUUCAGCACAUAGUGGUGUAUCAGGCCCACAUAUGGCUUCUGCUUCUAAGAAAAAAGCAGGUACAUUAAAGACUGGAAGUCUAAGACCUUCGAAUGCACAGUCUAAAAAGCAGCGGAAAACAGGUCAGACUGGUACAGUAGGUGCAGAAGCAAAUGAAGGAGAAGAUGGCGAAGAAUUGGCUGAUGAGGGGGCUUCGGCACAGAGUGGACUAUCAGGUUCUCGCACGGCAGCUACUUCUAUGAAAAAGUCAGGUAUGUCAAACUCAGGAAGUCUAAGACCCUCGAAAUCACAGUCUGCCACACAGCGCAAAAUAGGCCACUCUCGUACAUUAGGUGCAGAAGCAACUGAAGGAGAAGAUGGCGAAGAGUUGACUGAUGAGGAGGCUUCGGCGCAGAGUGGACUUUCGGGUUCCCGCAUGGCAGCUACUUCUAUGAAAAAGUCAGGUAUGUCGAAGACAGGAAGUCUAAAACUCUCGAAAUCACAGACUGCCACUCAACGAAAAACAGGCCAGUCUGGUACAUUAGGUGCAGAAGCAACUGAAGGAGAAGAUGGCGAAGAUUUGACUGAUGAGGAGGCUUCGGCACAGAGUGGACUUUCGGGUUCGCGCACGGUAGCCAAUUCUAUGAAAAAGUCAGGUAUGUCGAAGACAGGAAGUCUAAGACCCUCGAAAUCACAGAUUGGCACACAGCGCAAAACAGGCCAGACUGGUACAUUAAGUGCAGAAGCAACUGAAGGAGAAGAUGGCGAAGAGUUGGCCGAUGAGGAGACUUCGGCACAGAGUGGACUUUCGGGUUCUCGCACGGCAGCUACUUCUAUGAAAAAGUCAGGUAUGUCGAAGACAGGAAGUCUAAAACCCUCGAAAUCACAGACUGCCACUCAACGAAAAACAGGCCAGUCUGGUACAUUAGGUGCAGAAGCAACUGAAGGAGAAGAUGGCGAAGAGUUGACUGAUGAGGAGGCUUCGGCGCAGAGUGGACUUUCGGGUUCCCGCACGGCAGCUACUUCUAUAAAAAAGUCAGGUAUGUCGAAGACAGGAAGUCUAAAACCCUCGAAAUCACAGACUGCCACUCAACGAAAAACAGGCCAGUCUGGUACAUUAGGUGCAGAAGCAACUGAAGGAGAAGAUGGCGAAGAAUUGGCUGAUGAGGGGGCUUCGGCACAGAGUGGACUAUCAGGUUCUCGCACGGCAGCUACUUCUAUGAAAAAGUCAGGUAUGUCGAAGACAGGAAGUCUAAGACCCUCGAAAUCGCAGAUUGGCACACGGCACAAAACAGGCCAGACUGGUACAUUAAGUGCAGAAGCAACUGAAGGAGAAGAUGGCGAAGAGUUGGCCGAUGAGGAGACUUCGGCACAGAGUGGACUUUCGGGUUCUCGCACGGCAGCUACUUCUAUGAAAAAGUCAGGUAUGUCGAAGACAGGAAGUCUAAAACCCUCGAAAUUACAGACUGCCACUCAACGAAAAACAGGCCAGUCUGGUACAUUAGGUGCAGAAGCAACUGAAGGAGAAGAUGGCGAAGAGUUGACUGAUGAGGAGGCUUCGGCACAGAGUGGACUUUCGGGUUCGCGCACGGUAGCCAAUUCUAUGAAAAAGUCAGGUAUGUCGAAGACAGGAAGUCUAAGACCCUCGAAAUCACAGAUUGGCACACAGCGAAAAACAGGUCAGACUGGUACAUUAAGUGCAGAAGCAACUGAAGGAGAAGAUGGCGAAGAGUUGGCCGAUGAGGAGGCUUCGGCACAGAGUGGACUAUCAGGUUCUCGCACGGCAGCUACUUCUAUGAAAAAGUCAGGUAUGUCAAAGACAGGAAGUCUAAGACCCUCGAAAUUACAGACUGCCACUCAACGAAAAACAGGCCAGUCUGGUACAUUAGGUGCAGAAGCAACUGAAGGAGAAGAUGGCGAAGAAUUGGCUGAUGAGGGGGCUUCGGCACAGAGUGGACUAUCAGGUUCUCGCACGGCAGCUACUUCUAUGAAAAAGUCAGGUAUGUCGAAGACAGGAAGUCUAAGACCCUCGAAAUCGCAGAUUGGCACACGGCACAAAACAGGCCAGACUGGUACAUUAAGUGCAGAAGCAACUGAAGGAGAAGAUGGCGAAGAGUUGGCCGAUGAGGAGACUUCGGCACAGAGUGGACUUUCGGGUUCUCGCACGGCAGCUACUUCUAUGAAAAAGUCAGGUAUGUCGAAGACAGGAAGUCUAAAACCCUCGAAAUUACAGACUGCCACUCAACGAAAAACAGGCCAGUCUGGUACAUUAGGUGCAGAAGCAACUGAAGGAGAAGAUGGCGAAGAGUUGACUGAUGAGGAGGCUUCGGCACAGAGUGGACUUUCGGGUUCGCGCACGGUAGCCAAUUCUAUGAAAAAGUCAGGUAUGUCGAAGACAGGAAGUCUAAGACCCUCGAAAUCACAGAUUGGCACACAGCGAAAAACAGGUCAGACUGGUACAUUAAGUGCAGAAGCAACUGAAGGAGAAGAUGGCGAAGAGUUGGCCGAUGAGGAGGCUUCGGCACAGAGUGGACUAUCAGGUUCUCGCACGGCAGCUACUUCUAUGAAAAAGUCAGGUAUGUCAAAGACAGGAAGUCUAAGACCCUCGAAAUUACAGACUGCCACUCAACAAAAUACAGGCCAGUCUGGUACAUUAGGUGCAGAAGAAACUGAAGGAGAAGAUGGCGAAGAGUUGACUGAUGAGGAGGCUUCGGCGCAGAUUGGACUUUCGGGUUCGCGCACGGUAGCCAAUUCUAUGAAAAAUUCAGGUAUGUCAAAGACAGGAAGUCUAAGACCCUCGAAAUCACAGAUUGGCACACAGCGCAAAACAGACCAGACUGGUACAUUAAGUGCAGAAGCAACUGAAGGAGAAAAUGGCGAAGAGUUGGCCGAUGAGGAGGCUUCGGCACAGAGUGGACUUUCGGGUUCUCGCACGGCAGCUACCUCUAUGGAAAAGUCAGGUAUGUCGAAGACAGGAAGUCUAAGACCCUCGAAAUUACAGACUGCCAUUCAACAAAAAACAGGCCAGUCUGGUACAUUAGGUGCAGAAGCAACUGAAGGAGAAGAUGGCGAAGAGUUGACUGAUGAGGAGUCUUCGGCGCAGAUUGGACUUUCGGGUUCCCGCACGGUAGCCAAUUCUAUGAAAAAUUCAGGUAUGCCAAAGACAGGAAGUCUAAGACCCUCGAAAUCACAGAUUGGCACACAGCGCAAAACAGGCCAGACUGGUACAUUAAGUGCAGAAGCAACUGAAGGAGAAAAUGGCGAAGAGUUGGCCGAUGAGGAGGCUUCGGCACAGAGUGGACUUUCGGGUUCUCGCACGGCAGCUACCUCUAUGGAAAAGUCAGGUAUGUCGAAGACAGGAAGUCUAAGACCCUCGAAAUUACAGACUGCCAUUCAACAAAAAACAGGCCAGUCUGGUACAUUAGGUGCAGAAGCAACUGAAGGAGAAGAUGGCGAAGAGUUGACUGAUGAGGAGUCUUCGGCGCAGAUUGGACUUUCGGGUUCCCGCACGGUAGCCAAUUCUAUGAAAAAUUCAGGUAUGUCAAAGACAGGAAGUCUAAGACCCUCGAAAUCACAGAUUGGCACACAGCGCAAAACAGGCCAGACUGGUACAUUAAGUGCAGAAGCAACUGAAGGAGAAAAAAGCGAAGAGUUGGCCGAUGAGGAGGCUUCGGCACAGAGUGGACUUUCGGGUUCUCGCACGGCAGCUACCUCUAUGGAAAAGUCAGGUUUGUCGAAGACAGGAAGUCUAAAACCCUCGAAAUCACAGACUGCCACUCAACAAAAAACAGGCCAGUCUGGUACAUUAGGUGCAGAAGCAACUGAAGGAGAAGAUGGCGAAGAGUUGACUGAUGAGGAGGCUUCGGCACAGAGUGAACUUUCGGGUUCCCGCACGGUAGCCAAUUCUAUGAAAAAGUCAGGUAUGUCGAAGACAGGAAGUCUGAGGCCCUCGAAAUCACAGUCUGCCACACAGCGCAAAACAGGCCAGUCUGGUACAUUAGGUGCAGAAGCAACUGAAGGAGAAGAUGGUGAAGAGUUGACUGAUGAGGAGGCUUCGGCACAGAGUGGACUUUCGGGUUCCCGCACGGUAGCCAACUCUAUGAAAAAGUCAGGUAUGUCGAAGACAGGAAGUCUAAGACCCUCGAAAUCACAGAUUGGCACACAGCACAAAACAGGCCAGUCUGGUACAUUAGGUGCAGAAGCAACUGAAGUAGAAGAUGGCGAAGAGUUGACUGAUGAGGAGGCUUCGGCACAGAGUGGACUUUCGGGUUCCCGCACGGUAGCCAACUCUAUGAAAAAGUCAGGUAUGUCGAAGACAGGAAGUCUGAGGCCCUCGAAAUCACAGUCUGCCACACAGCGCAAAACAGGCCAGUCUGGUACAUUAGGUGCAGAAGCAACUGAAGGAGAAGAUGGCGAAGAGUUGACUGAUGAGGAGGCUUCGGCACAGAGUGAACUUUCGGGUUCCCGCACGGUAGCCAAUUCUAUGAAAAAGUCAGGUAUGUCGAAGACAGGAAGUCUAAGACCCUCGAAAUCACAGACUGCCACUCAACAAAAAACAGGCCAAACUGGUACAUUAGGUGCAGAAGCAACUGAAGGAGAAGAUGGCGAAGAGUUGGCUGAUGAGGAGCCUUCGGCACAGAGUGGACUUUCGGGUUCCCGCACGGUAGCCAAUUCUAUGAAAAAGUCAGGUGUGUCGAAGACAGGAAGUCUGAGGCCCUCGAAAUCACAGUCUGCCACACAGCGCAAAACAGGCCAGUCUGGUACAUUAGGUGCAGAAGCAACUGAAGGAGAAGAUGGCGAAGAGUUGACUGAUGAGAAGGCUUCGGCACAGAGUGGACUUUCGGGUUCCCGCACGGUAGCCAAUUCUAUGAAAAAAUCAGGUAUGUCGAAGACAGGAAGUCUAAGACCCUCGAAAUCACAGAUUGGCACACAGCGCAAAACAGGCCAGUCUGGUACAUUAGGUGCAGAAGCAACUGAAGGAGAAGAUGGCGAAGAGUUGACUGAUGAGAAGGCUUCGGCACAGAGUGGACUUUCGGGUUCCCGCACGGUAGCCAAUUCUAUGAAAAAAUCAGGUAUCUCGAAGACAGGAAGUCUAAACCUCUCGAAAUCACAGUCUGUUACACAACGCAAAACAGGCCAGACUGGUACAUUAGCUACAAAAGCAACUGAUGGCGAGGAUGACGACGAAUUGGCCGAUGAGGAGGCUUCUGCACAGAGCGGACUUUCAGGUUCUCGAAAGGCAGCUACUUCUAUGAAAAAGUCAGGUUUGUCGAAGACAGGAAGUCUUAGCCACUCGAAAUCACAGUCUGCCGCACAGCGCAAAACAGGCGAGACUGGUACGUUAGCUGCAGAAGCAAUUGAAGGAGAAGAUGGCAAAGAGUUGGCCGAUGAGGAAGCUUCGGCACAGAGCGGACUAUCCGGUUCUCGCGCGGCAGCUACUUCUAUGAAAAACUCAGGUAUGCCAAAAACAGGAAGUCUAAGACCCUCAAAAUCACAGUCUGCUUCACAACGCAAAACAGGCCAGACUGGUAUUUUAGCUGCAGAAACAUCUGAAGGCAAAGAUGAUGAGGAGUUGGCUGAUGAGGAGGCUUCUGCACAGAGCGGACUUUCAGGUUCUCGAACAGCAUCUAAUUCUAUGAAAAAGUCAGGCAUGUCGAAGACAGGAAGUCUAAAACCCUCGAAAUCACAGACUGCCACUCAACGAAAAUCAGGCCAGAGUGGUACAUUAGGUGCAGAAGCAACGGAAGGAGAAGAUGGCAAAGAGCUGGCCGAUGAGGAAGCUUCGGUACAGAGCGGACUAUCAGGUUCUCGCGCGGCAGCUACUUCUAUGAAAAAGUCAGGUAUGCCAAAAACAGGAAGUCUAAGACCCUCAAAAUCACAGUCUGCUUCACAACGCAAAACAGGCCAGACUGGUAGUUUAGCUGCAGAAACAUCUGAAGGAGAAGAUGGCGAAGAGUUGGCUGAUGAAGAAGCUUCUGCACAGAGUGCGUUUUCAGGUUCUCGCACGGCAGGUAAUUCUAUGAAAAAGUCGGGUAUGUCGAACACAGAAAGUCUAAGACCCUCGAAAUCACAGACUGCCACUCAACGAAAAACAGGCCAGAGUGGCACAUUAGGUGCAGAAUCAACGGAAGGAGAAGAUGGCAAAGAAUUGGCCGAUGAGGAAGCUUCGGCACAGAGUGGGCUUUCAGGUUCUCGCACGGCAGCUAAUUCGUUGAAAAAGUCGGAGUUGUCGAAGACAGGAAGUCUAAGCCCCUCAAAAUCACAGUCUGCCACAAAGCGCAAAACAGGUCAGACUGGUACUUUAGCUGCAGAAGCAACUGAAGGAGAAGAUAACGAAGAGUUGGCUGAUGAGGAGGCUUCUGCACAGAGUGGGUUUUCAGGUUCUCGCACGGCAGCAACUUCUAUGAAAAACUCGGGCUUGUCGAAGACAGGAAGUCUACGCCCCUCCAAAUCCCAGUCUGCCACACAGCGCAAAACAGGCCAGACUGGUACAUUAGGCACAGAAGCAACUGAAGGAGAAGAUAACGAAGAGUUGGCUGAUGAGGAGGCUUCUGCACAGAGUGGGCUUUCAGGUUCUCGCACGGCAGCAACUUCUAUGAAAAAGUCGGGCUUGUCGAAGACAGGAAGUCUCAGACCCUCCAAAUCAAAGUCUGCCUUACAACGCAAAACAGGCCAGACUGGUAAUUUACCCGCAGAAGCAGCUGAAGGCGAUGAUGAAGAGGAUUUGGCUGAUGAGCAGGCUUCUGCACAGAGCGGACUUUCAGGUUCUCGCACGGCAGCUAAUUCUGUGAAAAAGUCGGGCUUGUCGAAAACAGGAAGUCUAAGCCCCUCGAAAUCACAGUCUACCAUACAGCGCAAAACAGGCCAGACUGGUACUUUAGCUCCAGAAGCAGCUGAAGGCGCAGAUGUUGAGGAGUUGACUGAUGAGGAGGCUUCUGCACAGAGCGGACUUUCAGGUUCUCGCACGGCAGCAAAAUCUGUGAAAAAGUCGGGUUUGUCGAAAACAGGAAGUCUGAGCCCCUCGAAGUCACGGUCUGCCACAGAGCGCAAAACAAGGCAGAGUGGUACGUUAGGCGCAGAAGCAACUGAAGCAAAAAGUGGCGAAAAGUCGGCUGAUGAGGAGCCUUCAGCUCGGAGUGAACUUUCAGGUUCUCAAACGGCAGCUUCUUCUAUGAAAAAGUCAGGUUUGUCGAAGACAGGAAGUCUAAGCCACUCGAAAUCACAGUCUGCCACACAGCGCAAAACAGGCCAGACUGGUACAUUAGGCGCACAAGCAACCGAGGGAAAAGGUGGCGAAGAUUUGGCCGAUGAGGAGGCUUCUGCACAGACCGGACUUACAGGUUCUCGCAAGGCAGCUACGUCCAUGAAAAAGUCGGGUUUGUCGAAGACAGGAAGUCUAAGCCCCUCGAAAUCACAGUCUGACACACAGCGCAAAACAGGCGAGACUGGUACGUUAGCUGCAGAAGCAACUGAAGGAGAAGAUGGCAAAGAGUUGGCUGAUGAGGAGGCUUCUGCACAGAGCGGACUUUCAGGUUCUCGUACGGCAGCCACUUCUAUGAAAAAAUCGGGUUUGUCGAAUACAGGAAGUCUAAGCCCCUCGAAAUCCCAAUCUGCCACACAGCGCAAAACAGGCGAGACUGGAACAUUAGCUGCAGAAGCAACUGAAGCAGAAGAUGGUGAAGAGUUGGCUGAUGAGGAGGCUUCUGCACAGAGCCAACUUUCAGGUUCUCGUACGGCAGCCACUUCGAGGAAAAAAUCGGAUUUGUCGAAAACAGGAAGUCUAAGCCCCUCGAAAUCCCAGUCUGCCACACAGCGCAAAACAGGCGAGACUGGUACAUUAGCUGCAGAAGCAACUGAAGGAGAAGAUGGCGAAGAGUUGGCUGAUGAGGAGGCUGCUGCACAGAGCGGACUUUCAGGUUCUCGUACGGCAGCUACUUCUAUGAAAAAAUCGGAUUUGUCAAAGACAGGAAGUCUAAGCCCUUCGAAAUCACAGUCUGCCACACAGCGCAAAACAGGCCAGACUGGUACAUUAGGUGCAGAAACAACUGAAGAAGAAGGCGAAGAGUUGGCCGAUGAGGAGUCUAAACUACGAGGUAUGACAGACAAAAAAUCUCGCGCAAGUGAUUUGCCGGAAAGUGGUCAGAAAUCCGAGCCUGAUCAAGAUGAGUUAAGCCAAAGAAUGGAUGCCGCAUUGUAUGGAGAAUCAAUUACGAAGUCGAAACCUGCGGAUGGGUCAGCAACUAAAGAUAGCAAACUUCAAGCGCGAGGCUCAAUGGAAGCCUCUAAAAAGUCUAGCGAGCAGGGUUCGCAACUUGCGGGCUCAAAAAAGAUAUCUAGUGAAGAAGAACAGUCAAAACAAAAUAAAGAUGAGCUUGAAGAACAGCCAGAUGAACUUGGCCAAAUAAAAGAGUCCAAAAACCGAACGACUGGGUUGUCAGCGGGUAAAUCUACGACUGCUGAUAGGGAAUCAGUUAACGAAUCUAAAAUGUCGGCCGGUACAGGCAAAGGAUCUGGCACCGAUGGAACUUCGAUGGGACCUAAGCAAGAUGAGGAGAAAACUGUUGGAGAAGCAAAUGGGAGUGGUAUAUCAGCAGGUACAAUUUCCAGAUCAAAAGUAUCUGACACGACAGCUAACCGAAACACCAACCUUGCACUUAGUUCGAUUAAAGGUUCUCAAGCAUCCAAGACAGCUGAUAUGACAGACCAACAAUCUGCAAGUGAUUUAUCUAAAGGAGGCGAAAAACUUGAGGGAGCCGAUAAAUCGAAUGAAGAUGAAGAUAAAUUGAGUCAAAGAAUGGAUGCCGCUUUAUAUGGCCAGGACUCAGUCUCAAAAUCCAAAAAACUAGAUGCGACUAAAAGCAGUAAUCUUGAAUCUGGUUCAAUGAAAGGAUCCAGAUUGUCCAGCGGAAAAGACCCUUCACAACUUUCAGGUACCGGUAACACAUCUGAUGCUGGUCAAGAUGAGGAAGAACUAGAAGAUAUUGAGCAAGCAAAUGCAGCCCAAUCCAAGACUCAGGCGACAAGUUCGCGCGCAAUUAAAAGUAACACUCUUGAUCCAGGUUCAAUGAAAGACUCUAAGCUGUCUGAUGGUUCUGAAAAACUAUCGGGUACAGGAGGAGCUUCGAUUCAAGAUGGAACUUCGAAACAGAAUGAAGAGGACGAGGAGGACCAGGCAAACCAAACUGGUGUUUCUGGAGGCACAAUGUCAAAGUCCAAAGUAUCUGACCCGACAGCCAGUAAAAACCCAACAACUCUUGAGCCUAGCUCAACUAAAGGAACUGAAGCGUCCAAAGUAUCAGGUAAGGAGGAUGAAAACUCUGCUGACGGCAAUUUUUCUGAGGGAGCUGAUAAAUCGAAAGAAGAUGAAGAUAACUUGAGCCAAAGAAUGGAUGCGGCUUUAUAUGGAAAAGACACAGUCUCGAAGUCCAAAACAGCAGAUGAGAAAUCAGGUCAAAGCAGUAACGUUGAACCGCAAUCACUGAAAGGCUCCAAGACUUCUGAAAAAUCAGAUUCGCAGUUAUCGGGAAAAAAUAGCAUGCCUGGCGGAAGCGGACUUUCGAAACAAUCACAAGAACACACUGAUGAUCGUUCGGAAAUAGAUGGGCAGACCAGUGGCACGCAAUCGAAGUCAAAAGGCUCUGACUUGACGGCAACCAUUAAAAGUAAAUCUCGCACAUCGGGUUCCAUGAGACCAUCUCGAGCAUCUGGUGCGACCGAAAAGAAGUCUGCCCUCAGUGAUAUAACAGAACAUAGCAACAUAUUAUCUGGCACCACUAAAACGUCAAAACAGUCUCAAGAGAAACCAGAAGAUGAGCUGAAUGAAAUUGACCAAUCGAAGCGAACACUAUCAAAAUCAAAGACGUCGGACCCUACGGCAAGUCAAUCUAAAACGCUUGGACCAGAAUCUAUCACCGGGUCUAAGGUAUCAGGCAUCACAGAUAAACAAUCUGGCGCUAGUGAUUUGUCCAAAGGAAGCAAAGGUGUGUCUGGUACAAGUAAAGGGUCAAAACAGUCGCAAGAUGUACCAGAAGAAGAAAUGACCAGUCAAUCAAAGGGUACACUUUCAAAAUCAAAGACGGCUGACACGACAGUAACUCAAUCUAAAACUCUUGGAACAGAAUCUGUUAAAAACUCUCAAUUAUCUGGAAUGUCUGGCACCACUGAACAGUCUGAUGGAGCUGAAAAGGCUACUGAGGAAGAUGACGCUUUAAGCAAAAGAAUGGAUGCGGCUCUAUAUGGGGACUCAGUUAAGAAAUCCGAAGCAGCUGAUGGCUCUGCAUCCAAAAGCAGAACUCUUACAUCAGGAGCAGUUAGGGACUCUAAGAAAUCUGGCUCUACCGGUAAAACGCUAUCGGGAGCUAAAAGUGUUUCUAAAGCAUCGAAAAUAUCCAAGCAUAGCAAGGAGGGGCUAGAAGAUGGCCCAGAUGAAGAAACCGGUCUAAGCGGAGGUCCACUCAGCAAGUCUAAAACCAUUGGAUCGAAAACAAGUGGAACCAGGAAAACCGAUUCUCUCCAAGCAAAAACUAGCCUAUCAGCGGAUAAAGAGAGUUCCCACAGUCAAGAAUUUGAAGCAGAUGGAAAGACUCCGAUCAAAAAAACUUCCAGACAUAAAAAGGAGAGCACCCAUCCUUCAAUUAACGAAGGCAGUUCAAUUGAACACCCGCCUUCGACAGGAAUAGAUCACCGAUUCAGUUCUACACAUACUUCUUCUGCUCCAAAAACCUCAAAGUUCAAGGACAGCAAGCUGAAAUCUCUGUCGGCUACAAAAUCUCGAGACGGAGGAUCGGAAAGAAAGAGUGAAUUGAGUGCUGAUCAAUCUAAAUCAGCUAAUUUGGAUCCAGAAUCGGCAGCAAUGUCAAAAAAAUCGAAGUCGGUAAUGGGAUCAAAAGUUGGCUCAAGUAUUGGAUCCAAAUCGCCUUCGCAACUGAGUCGUUCGAAAAUAGGCUCGAGCAUAGGAUCUAAAUCACCUUCUCAGAAACCGGGCUCUCACAUUGUCAUUGACGACAACACCAGUCGUGAAUCGCAGUCGCAAGACAACAAAAAGAGCAAACGAGUCGACAUGACAAAACACAAAAAAUACGUAGGCGAGAGUACCUUGAACUCGGGUGUAGAUCUGCCAACUUCGGAGCGACAAAAGUCUUCCGAACUUAUCACGCGACCUUCAUCACGAGGUAAAUCUGGAAGUAAAAGGUCUAACAGUCCGGCAAGUGCACGUUCGGCAAAACGAAGCAAGCCUGGUAGUCGGGACAACUCAUAUCUUGAUGCAACUUCGGCUCGCUCCGGCGGAUCAUCAUAUGCUGAAUCGUCUCGUGUUGAACCACGCAACUACUCACAUAAUUCUUUAUCGGCUGCAUCAGCUUCGGGAAUUUCCGAUGCAUCUUCAGCAAAACGAGACAUCGAUUAUGUUUCGGGUUCACCUUCGGCUUAUAAGCUGAGUCACGCUUCUUCAGUUGACCACGGCACGCCUCCGGAGCUCUCAGCAAGAUCAAGUGCAAGAGGUUCAGUCAGAGAAUCUAAGAGAACUUUAUCAAAAUCUGUUAGGUCCGGUGUUGGUUCACAGCUGGAUGACGCUUCAAAAAGCCAAUCACAAAGUCGAUUCAGCAAAGCGAGUAGUCAAAGGUCAAAGAGUCGGGAAUCCAACCAGAGCCGAAAUAGCGAAAGACAGACAGAAACGAAAAGUGCAGUGGCAUCAAAACCGAAACCUGAUCUUCCCAAGAAACGGAAGCCGGCUACGCUCAAGGAUAUGCUAGCGAGCGCAAAGAAAGGGGCAGUCGUGAGCCCGAAAUCAAAAAGAGCUAAGACCACGCAGACGGUACCAGUAGCCACCUUCGAGUCCGACAGUUCGGAUACUGAUGACUAUCAGCCAUUAAACAUUCCGGUAAGACUACCGGUAGAAAUGCUAGCGAGACGCGAAGCAAUUGCGGCGGGACAAGGCCCAAGCGGCAGUACGACGGUAGUGGAAGGAGGAACGGGAGCUAAAGCCAAACCCAGAGUGACAAGAGCUAAGCGAGGAAAAGGGGGCCAAAGAAAACAAGUGAAGGAAAGCCAGGAACGUCCAGCGUUAGUGGCGCGAGAGUACAUUGUAAAUAGCAGUCAAGAAGAAGACUUGGAAUCAGGCAGUCAAAGUGAAAGCUCGGGAACCAGAAGGAGUACUAGAAGGAGAAAGCCAGUAGACAAAAUGGGAGGGGUUAUGAUCGAAACUAUCCAGGGGGCGGAACAAACAGGAAAACAUCCAGGGGGAGAAGGAAAAUGA